GGGCGUGACGUCAAAACACCUCUCCGGACGCCCAGUCCAGAUACAUUGGCACGCGCGCAUCCUGCCUUCAGACCGUCCCCCGAGAUUAGACUUUCACGACUGCGCCUUCACAGCCUAGAGGUGCUUACAGUUGUCUAAGGUUCAUCUGUUUUCCCUGCCGUGACAGAUAAAUUAAACAAACGUGUGUGUUUCUUUUCUCUUAUUCUCAGCCGGUCUGAAACAUUUUUGUUACUAGAAGCGAAUAGGGCAAAUCCGCGCGGCAGGUGCGUGACGUGCAGCUCGCCUGUGACUCCUCUUACCCCGUCUGGGUCCACGCGCCGUACAGCGUGCAGCAUGGCGAACUCUGGAGUGCAGCUGCUUGGAUUUUCCCUCUCUCUGGUUGGUGUCAUUGGACUGAUCGUGGGCACCAUCCUCCCCCAGUGGAAGAUGUCUGCCUACGUGGGGGACAGCAUUAUCACUGCUGUCGCGACUUACCAGGGGCUGUGGAUGUCCUGCGCUUUUCAAAGCACGGGACAACUCCAGUGCAAGAUUUACGACUCCAUUCUGCAACUUGACAGUGCGCUGCAGGCUACUCGUGCUCUAAUGAUAGUGGGCAUCAUCGUGUCCAUCGCCGGGCUGGGCGUAGCCAGUAUUGGUAUGAAGUGUACCACCUGUGGAGCAGAGGACAAAGUGCGCAAGGCCCGCACAGCCAUGAUGGGUGGGAUCAUACUACUGGUGGGAGCCCUUAGUGCGGUUGUCGCAUGCUCAUGGUUCGCCCACAACGUGAUCCGCGCUUUCUACAACCCCUUCACUCCAGUCAACACCAAGUUUGAGUUUGGUGCAGCUAUUUUCAUUGCAUGGGGUGGAUCUUUUCUGGAUGUUCUUGGCGGGGCCAUGUUGGCUGCCUCCUGCCCGCGGCGCAAACAGGUGUCCAAGUACCACAAAAACCCUACUCGUGCUCCCAGCAGCAGCACCAAGGAGUAUGUGUGACCGCCCUCCCCUGGACAGAUUUGGAACUGCGUGUGCUGAAGUAUCCCUGUAGUAGGAAAAGUGGACUGGCCCAACUGACUGGAUUGGAAAGAAGUGGGUUGACGGAAAAUAUAUAAUCUAUAGAGAAAGAAAGUCCGAAGGUGUUUAUCAGAUAUUGUGUUGAUAUUUUCAGCAUCACUGCAACUUCAUCUUAAACGUAUUGGAAAACUAGUUUACGUUUUGAUAUAUAUGACACAAGGUGCUAAAGAAGGUAAAGUAUUAUUCCCCUGUUUGAAUGUUCGCUUUGAUUCUGCAAACAAGGGGUAUUAGACCGGCGUCCUAUGUUUGAACCCAGAGUAUUAGCAGAAGUCAGACUUGAUUUGAAAAACUGUUGGUGAUGAGUUGCUCUUGAGCCCACUAGAGGGUGCUAUAGGUGCUGUGGUUGCCUAAAAUACAAAGGAAAGUUUCAGGAAAACCAAACUGCAAACACUAGAUAACCCAAGCUGUAAGCACAGACUGGCCAACAGGAACAGAGGUAAAAGACAUUCUUAAUGGGCAGCAUUGACAUUUGGCUUAAAAGUUAAUGAAGGAAAAACUCAUUUCAUUCGGCAUCUCCUCAGAACCUUCAAAAAAUAAAUCAACAGCAUUAACAUCACAAAUUCUAAGACUAAUGUGAGAGGCUGAGUUUUGGCAAGAAAUUUUACAGGCUUUUAGUUAAAACGACAUGCUGAGAUCUAUAAUCAAGUGUUGUCCUGCUUGCCAUAGUUAGUGGUGUAUAAGAAAAGGAUGCAUAUAUCUAUCUGUGUGUGGCAUUUUUUAAAUGUUUUUUUCACAUGCGUAUUUUAUCAUAGUGUCUCAAUGCACAAUAAAAAUUACCUUAUUUCAUCAUAAA